GCCAAAAAAGUGGUUACACGAACUCCAAUUUCUAAAUAUUUAUCUUGGGAGGGGGUUUCUUUUUCUUUUUUAAUUCGUUACUUAGCAUAGAGGAUUUGGUGUUGGGAGAUACAUUUCCUCAAUCUGCAAGGAAAGCAUUAAAGCAUUGAUCUUUUUGAAUUUAAAAAAGUUUUACUUGUUAUAUGGUCCUCUUUUUUCUCACUCACAUUUUUUUGUCUAUAUAAAUGACUUAAACAUGGGAUGGUGCAAUCUUAAGAUAGAGGGCUUGUUUGACACGGUUCAUUCAAAGAGUUAAGGAUUUUGAGCUUCUAGAGGGGUUUGAAUCCAAAUUCUAAGAAAUGGGUCUUGUUCUUUGGAAGGUAUAAGAUGGAGUUAAUGUGAUGAGAGAGGGGUUUUUGAAGGGCUUUUCUCACUUAAACCAUCUUUUUUAAAAAAAAAUUUGAAAAAUACUUAGCACCAAUUCUAAGGGGCUUUAAGAAGGUUUAAUGAGAUUUAAAGAUUAUGUUUUUGGUAUGAGAAUUGCUGGGGAUAUAGAAAGAGAGAAGGGAGUUUUGGACGAUUGAUUUGGAGUUGGAGAUACCUCAAUGGUUAUUGAGAUGGGAGCGAGGAAACUGAAUCAGCAAUUGGUGCUUUUUUGCUUGUUUCUAACUAUCUUUGGCUGUGCUUUUAAAGAAGUUAAAGCUCACACUACUACUCUGCAUCUCAGGAAAUUUUCUCAUACUCCACCAGACCGGAUAUCGGAGGAAGUCGAAAACAGUUCGGCCUCGGGGAGUGUUUUAUCUGCCAGAACGGAAAGAAUUGAUCCUUUGGACAAUUUCAGGAAAUACAACGGAGGAUAUAACAUUACAGACAAGCAUUAUUGGAGUUCUACAAUAUUUACGGGCAAAUAUGGAUACAUUAUUGCAGCGCUAUGGCUUGUAGGCGGUGUAGUUUUUGCUGGAUUUCGACUUGUUGUGGCAUUGUGCGUCACCGUUAAGGAAAGAAGAGAAAGGAAGAGAUUAUCUUGCUUUGCACAAUGCGACUUUUGGCUCACUACCGUGUCAAUUUUCCUUACAUUCUUAGUCAUAGUUGCAUCGACAGUCGCACUUGUGGGUAGCUCUAGGUUUCAUUCAAGGGCUGAAUCAAUUAAAAAGACCAUUGUGGAAACUGCGGAAGAGGCGUCAGAUACGAUAUAUAACGCAACGGAAACUUUAACCACCAUGCAAAAUCUAACAUGGCCUAAUAGUGGUUCUGAAAGAUCCUACAAUUUGAAUUCGACAGUAGGAAGUCUCAAUGAGGAAGCCGCCAAUAUACAGCAGAAGGCAGAAAGAAGCAUGCAUCUGGUCAAUAAAGGCAUCCAAAUAUUGGAAGUGGUGACCGCUGUAACCGUCGCGCUUAACUUGAUUGCUCUACUUGCUUUGAUUGCUGCAAGGCCUCUAAGGCUACACCGGGCAUUUUUCUCACUUACUGUUGUUUGCUGGUUGCUGACAUUCCUGUUCUGGGUAUACUUCGGUCUGUAUUUCUUCUUAGAUAAGUUUUCUGGUGAUACUUGUGCGGCUCUUGAUGAAUAUCGGUUAAAUCCACAGAACAGUACUCUAUCCUCCAUCCUCCCCUGCAAUGAGAAGCUUUCAGACGAUACAAUCCUACACGAUGCGGGAGCAGAAAUACAUGAUAUAAUUGACAAGGUAAAUGAGAACAUAUCACAAGCAAAAUCCGCAUACCUUCCAGGUUUGCAAUAUGUAUGCAAUCCUUUCUCGGGGCCACCUGAAUACCAUUAUCAGCCAGAAAAUUGUUCUUCCGACACGAUCAAGAUAGGCGACAUCCCCCAGAUUUUGAAGAGGUAUGCCUGCUUAGAUAGCACUGCAGGAAGCUGUACUCAAGGAGAGACUAUAUCGGCUAGCGACUACAACACGAUUCUAAUCUACACGACUUCUGUUCAGAACAUACUCGACGUUUUCCCCGCGAUGGAAAGAUUGGUAGACUGCCAACUAGUAGAAGAUGCAUUUUCUGAAAUACUCGCUGAUCAGUGCAUGCCGCUGAAGAAGUACGCGCACAUGACGUGGGCUGCAUUGGCGACUUUAUCGACGUUAAUGGUCGUAAUCGUCGUUAUGUCAACAGCAGGAGCACUUCACGGAAUCAAAAGCCAUUUUUCUGAUCGAUCUGUGAAACCAAAUUCGGAAUCUGCAGAAGCAUCAGAGGCUGAGACAAUUGAAACGCAUUCGACGGCGAAGUUGAGAUUCGAGGUGAACCGUGCAGAGGAAGUCCCUUAAGAUCAACAUACAGAAUAUAAGAACAAAUGAAAAAUUCAUUGUUUUUUUUAAAAAAAUAUUGCUGAGAUAUAGAGGUGAAUGAUAAAGGUAGGGGAUAGAGACCGGGAUCCGAAGGAUCUCGUCCAUCCCUGUCAUUUUUUUUUUAAAAAAAAUUUCUUUUGUAAUAGUGCAGUUAAUUCGGAAUACAUGUAUGAUACAGUGGUUUAUUUUCUA